AUGCCGCCGCGCCGCCGAGUGUCGGGCUACCGCGGCGUCCGCCAACGUCCCAACGGCGGGUUCUACUCCGAGAUACGGUCCGGUCAACUCCGGCUCGGCCUCGGCACCUUCGAGACGGCGCACGAGGCCGCCCGCGCGUACGACGCGGCGGCGUGGCGCCUAGGCAGGCCGCGCCCGCAGAUGAACUUCCAGGACGUGGACACGCUCCAACAGGCACUGGACGUCGCCCCCGCCGCCUCGUCUUACCACGGCACAAGACCGUGCGGAGCAUGCUGA